AUGAUCGCGUUGCCGAUUAUUGUUAGCUUGGUUGCUGGUUGUUUUGCUCAGUCGUCUAGAAUUGCAAUAACUACGUCGUCAUCAUCUCCAUCUUCCGCAUCUUCAUCGGCAAAUUCCAAGUAUAAACUGUACGACGGUCCUUGUCGGCAAAUAACUACGAAACCGGUCAAUUUUGUUAAACACUCUGGACUAUGGUAUGAAAUAGCACGAAGUGACAAUACGGAGGACGGUUCAGAAACAUGCCAUAAAGUAUUAUGGCGACUACCAGUCAACAACACAUCAGUAGUUAUCCACAAAAGUUAUAAUCCCUUAACCUCCACUACUCAAACAUUGUCCUCCAUGGCAGCGCAAGGCCAUCGAGGAUUAGAAUUUACUCACCACUUUCCAACACUUGGCGACAUUGUCACAGAAUUCUUUCCUCUGGAUUUUGAUUCUAGUCAAUAUGCAAUAGCCUGGGUAUGUGAAAAUCGUGGUAAUAAGCAUGUUGAAAAGAUGAAUGUUUUUGCUCGUAAUCCCGUCCCAAUGGCCAAUCUAAAAACGUUAUAUCUGCGAGUGCAAGGAAGUUUAUUCAAACGAAUAAAAAUGUUUGUUCCUGUAAUUUUUUUCUGCUCAAUUGCUGGCGCUUUUGCGCAAUCAUCAUCAUCAUCAUCUUCGCUUUCUUCUUCGUCAUCAUCUUCUAACUCUCAACCAUUGUACGACGGCCCUUGUCCUCAAAUAAUUGCGGACCCGAUUGAUUACAACAGGUAUUCUGGAUCAUGGUAUGAAGUUCAACGGACUGCUGAUCACUACAAUGAGGAUUCAGAUCAUUGCCACAUAUCAACAUGGGAGAAGCCAAUCAACAAUAUGGCAAGAGUUACCCUUAGAACUUUUUCACCAAAGUUCCCUGCUGGUAAAAGUUACUAUGCAAAUGCUGUCCAGAAUAAACGAGGAACAUUUUUGACUCAUGAUAGUCCAGUUGUAGGUGCGCCCACUGAUUUUUACACUCUCGCUACCGAUUACAAUAACUAUGCGAUAGUUUGGACUUGUGACAAUCGUGGAGACAAACAUUUUCAACGAACCUGGAUGUUCUCACGAACUCCCACACCACACAGUAAUUUUGAAGACUGGAAACGACGGGCAUUUAAUCGAUACAAUCUUCCCGUUCCAAGGACGGUCAUUUCUCCAAAUUUUGUAAAAUGCGGCUAUUCUUCUUCUUCUUCUUCUUCAGCAUAG